CAUAUAUAUAUAGAGGGAGUACUAGUACUAGUACUUGUAUAUAUAUAGAUAUAUUUAUUGUAAAUUAAAAAUAAAUAAAAAAAGAGAAAUAAAAUUAAUGAGGCAAGCGGGAACAUAUUCAGGAAUAAGAUUUGGAGGGAAUAAUGGGGGUCAUUGUCUGCCAUUGGCAAGGAUCAAGAAGAUCAUGAAGAGCUCUGGGAGUGGUGACGAAGUGAAAAUGAUAUCAGGAGAAGCUCCUAUUGUGCUUGCCAAGGCUUGUGAGCUUCUUAUCAAAGACCUCGCACAUAAAUCUUGGACGCUUACGCUACAAGGCAAGAGGAGGAUUCUUCACAAAGACGACGUCGUUUCGGCUGUUGUCGCCACUGAUGUCUUCGACUUUUUAGUUGCCUUGGUUUCUCAUGAAGAUCAUCUCUUGACGUCCCCGGCCGAUGAAAGAGAUCAGGCAAUCUUCCACGAAUAAUAAUCUUUAUUCGGAUUAUAUUAUAUAUAUUAUUCUCUUUAUUAUAAGUAUUUACAUAUACUUGCA